CUGACUGAGGGAGGGGACAAAUGGCUUCCACUGGCCUUGAACUCCUGGGUAUGACCCUGGCUGUGCUGGGCUGGCUGGGGACCCUGGUGUCCUGCGCCCUGCCCCUGUGGAAGGUGACCGCCUUCAUCGGCAACAGCAUCGUGGUGGCCCAGGUGGUGUGGGAGGGGCUGUGGAUGUCCUGCGUGGUGCAGAGCACCGGCCAGAUGCAGUGCAAGGUGUACGACUCGCUGCUGGCGCUGCCGCAGGACCUGCAGGCCGCCCGGGCCCUCUGUGUCAUCGCCCUCCUGCUGGCCCUGCUCGGAGUGCUGGUGGCCAUCACGGGCGCCCAGUGCACCACCUGCGUGGAGGACGAAGGUGCCAAGGCCCGCAUCAUGCUCACCGCGGGAGUCCUCCUCCUCCUUGCGGGCAUCCUGGUGCUCAUCCCAGUGUGCUGGACGGCCCACGCCAUCAUCCAGGACUUCUACAACCCCCUGGUGGCCGAGGCCCUCAAGCGGGAGCUGGGAGCCUCCCUCUACCUGGGCUGGGCCGCGUCUGCCCUGCUUCUGCUGGGAGGGGGGCUACUGUGUUGCACGUGCCCCCCGCCUCAGAUCGAGCGGCCCCGGGGACCGAGGCUGGGCUACUCUAUCCCCUCCCGCUCGGGGGCAUCUGGGCUGGACAAGAGGGACUACGUGUGAGGCAAAUGUCCCAGGAAGCCUGCUGCUGGAAACCUUGACCUUGUGUUGGCUGCCCCGCUCUCAACCUUGCUUUCUACUCCCACCCCUCAGCCAGGUGGAACCCGCUUUCCAGAGGCAGGACAGGCCUGGCUGCAGAGCUAGUCUCAGCACUCGGCCCGACUGAGCCUAGACCCUCCUCUGUGGAGGGUCCACCUCCAACCCCGCCGGUGCUCCUGCUUCUUUCUUCUUCUGUCCCGGAUUCAGGACUCUUCCCGAAUCCUCCCUUGCUCCCAGAACCUGGGCUUCACCCAAAGAGCAGUAGCUCCUUAUGCCUUCUCUGGCCUGGAGUUGGCCCUCUCUGCCUGGCCACUACCAGCAUCCAGAGCAACCGCUCUCCUCCAGGCCUAGAGACCCUGCCCAUCACCUUCCCCCCUCACCCCACC